CACUAUCGUUCGCAGUCUCAUACCAUGAAGCUCACCACGACCAUUGCGCUGCUUGCAGCAGCUGGAGCUAACGCCCACUACACCUUCCCCAAGACCAAGGUCAACGGCGUGACCUCGGCCGAGUGGGAGACGAUCCGCAUCACCGAGAACCACUACUCGCACGGGCCCGUCCAAGAUGUCAACUCUGCAUCGAUGACCUGCUACGAGCGCGACGUCGGCAAGGGCGCCCCCAAGACCGUUUCAGUUCAAGCCGGCGGCACCGUGACCUUUACGGUCGACACCAGCAUCGGCCACCCAGGCCCGCUCCACUUCUACCUGGCCAAGGUGCCCGCGGGCAAGACGGCGGCGACCUUUGACGGCAAGGGCGCCGUCUGGUUCAAGAUCUACCAGGACGGACCGUCCGGACUCGGCACGAGCAAGAUCACUUGGCCAAGCGACGGCAAGACCGAGGUGUCGGUGCAGAUCCCCAGCUGCGUCGCCAACGGCGAGUACCUGCUCCGCGUCGAGCACAUCGCUCUUCACAGCGCUGGCAGCCUCGGUGGGGCGCAGCUGUACAUCUCGUGCGCCCAGAUCAACGUUACGGGGGGCACCGGCACGCUCAACACGGGCUCGCUCGUCUCAUUCCCCGGCGCCUACAAGGCCACCGACCCGGGCAUCCUGUUCCAGCUCUACUGGCCUACGCCUACGAGCUACAUCAACCCCGGUCCCCCGGUCGUCAAGUGCUAGGCUGCUAUAACAGAGCCAAUAGCUGGAUAAUGGAAUGAGGCGGGAGAGUUGCUCUUGGGGAAAGGGGCGAGCAUCAACCGCGGACGGAUGACUUCAGCUGCUUGCUGGCUUUGCUUCACCUGUACAUAUUCUGCUUCGCGGUACAUAUUACUUCCUCGUAAAUGGUACUUGGAAACAAACACCUGUGUUUGAGGAGUGGCCAUGGCAUUGGAUUUGUGUACCUGUAAGGGGGCUGCCUGUGCAAAGACCAGCCCAGAGCCCCCAAGUAACUAAAUUGCAGGCCCGGUAAUUGUGUAUUUCUUCAUCUCGGAUGUCCUUGAUUGCACACUUAAUGCAAUAGGCUGAGCCUCAAAUGUUACCUUAUGUUUUAUUUCACAUUGACCG